AUGUCUUAUGCGUAUCUCUUCAAAUACAUAAUUAUUGGAGACACUGGUGUCGGCAAAUCUUGCCUUCUGCUUCAGUUUACCGACAAACGCUUCCAACCCGUUCAUGACCUCACGAUUGGAGUCGAGUUUGGUGCUCGUAUGGUAACCAUUGAUGGAAAACAAAUCAAAUUGCAGAUUUGGGAUACUGCGGGUCAGGAAUCAUUCAGAUCCAUUACUCGAUCGUAUUACAGAGGUGCUGCCGGUGCAUUGCUUGUCUACGAUAUCACCCGUCGGGACACAUUCAAUCACUUAACAUCAUGGCUUGAGGAUGCCCGACAGCACAGUAACAGCAACAUGGUGAUUAUGCUGAUUGGAAAUAAGAGGUACUACUCCCUUGCUCAUCCUCAGUCUGUCCCUCAUCUGUCUCUUUCUAGUGACCUGGAAGCACGACGAGAAGUUAAACGGGAAGAAGGCGAGGCAUUUGCCAGAGAACACGGUCUCGUGUUUAUGGAGACUAGUGCGAAGACAGCAGCCAAUGUUGAAGAGGCUUUCAUUGAUACAGCGAAAGAGAUUUAUAGAAAAAUUCAAGAAGGAGUUUUCGAUAUCAAUAACGAGGCGAAUGGAAUCAAAUUGGGACCUCAACAUUCGCCAAGCUCGCCGAAUUCGCCCGGUGGCAAUGCGACAGGUGGACUUGGCGGAUCCAGCACUUGCUGUUAA